ACAGGAAACAUCAAGGAAGGUGGGGACAUGAAGGCGUAGACAGCGCAGCUUACAUUUGGCACUUUUGGCAGUCCACUGCCACUGCUUUAGUAAGAUGGCCACCAUGUUGUCUCGGACUAUCUCAAUCGUUGAAAAUUUUACCCGAUUCAAUGGGUCAAAGAUACUGGGAUGCAAAACCAACUUAGUAAAGCAAUCAGUCAGGAAUUUGAAUGUUCAUGAACACAUCAGUUACAGUUUAUUAAAUGAAGCUGGAGUUCCAACUCCUAAAUUUGGAGUUGCUAAAACUGCAGAUGAAGCUGCCAAACUUGCUGCUGAUUUGAAGACCAAAGAUAUUGUUUUGAAGGCACAAGUCUUAGCUGGUGGCAGAGGAAAGGGACAUUUUAAAGGAACUAGCAUUAGUGGUGUAAAGAUGUGUGAAACACCAGAAGAAGCAAAAAAAUUAGCCAGUCAAAUGUUAGGUAAAUUGUUAAUUACUAAACAGACAGGUGAAGCAGGUAGGAUAUGCAAUGCAGUGAUGGUUACACAACGUAUGUUUCCUCGUAAAGAAUACUAUCUUGCAGUUAUGAUGGAAAGAGCCUUUGGUGGUCCAGUCAUAAUAGCUUCAAGUCAAGGUGGUGUAAAUAUUGAGGAGGUUGCUGCAACAAAUCCUAGUGCUAUCAUGUAUGAGCCCAUUGAUAUACAUAAGGGUAUUACGAAAGAGCAAGCAGAUCGAAUUGUUGUUAAACUUGGACUUCAGAAUGUUAAAGAUUAUAUUUCUAACAUCAUCAUGAACCUGUAUAAGAUGUUUCUUAAGAAAGAUGCUCUUUUAUUAGAAGUGAAUCCUUUAGCAGAAGAUGUUAAUGGAGAAUAUUUUGCUUUGGACUGCAAGUGCAGAUUUGAUGAUAAUGCUGAAUUUAGGCAAAAAGAACUAUUUUCCUUAAGAGAUUGGAGUCAAGAAGAUACUAAAGAAGUUGAAGCUGCUAAAUAUGAUUUAAAUUACAUUGCACUUGAUGGUAACAUUGGUUGUAUGGUAAAUGGAGCUGGUUUAGCUAUGGCUACUAUGGACAUCAUAAAAUUGCAUGGAGGUGAACCAGCUAAUUUCUUAGAUGUAGGCGGUGGUGCGUCUACAUCUGCUGUGAAAGAAGCAUUUAAAAUAAUUACAUCAGAUUCACGAGUCCACGCUCUUUUGGUUAACAUAUUUGGUGGAAUAAUGAGAUGUGAUGUUAUCGCAGAGGGAAUUAUUGCUGCAACUAAAGAACUUAGCUUAAAAAUUCCUGUUGUUGUUCGAUUACAGGGUACAAAUGUAGACGAAGCAAAAGCUCUUAUUGCAAAUGCAGGUUUAAAAAUUGUACCAAUAGAUGAUCUUGAUGAAGCUGCCCGAGUUGCGGUUAAAUUAUCAACGAUUGUUAAAUUAGCACAAUCUGAAAAUCUUAGCGUUAAUUUUGAAAUACCUUCGAUUUCAUAAAUAUAGUAAAAAUUGUUAUUUGCAUAUUAUCAGAAGAACUUCGAGGGUAUAUUCAUAUUGCUAAAUGUUUGGAACAACAUUUGAAAGUAAUAACUAGAUUAAUAAUUUCGAAUGUCACAUCUGUGUUGUCUUUAGAAUUACAUUUGAGUACUUCACAUAUGUUUUUAUUAUAAGUGGAAUGGAAAGAAAGUUCAUUGAAGCUUUUGUUUUGCUCGAUGUUUGAAACAUUUAUAUUCUUUUUAAAAAGAGAUGAAUGUGAUCGUAAUUUUUAAUUACGGAUUUGUACAUUUGAGAAAAAAAACUAAACCUGUAUUUAAUUACGUUCUUCUACAUCUAAAAUAUUGCAAAAAAUACUAGACAAUUGAAUUACUUCCUUCUCAAUGCAAGCACAAAUUCGUUCCCAAGAAGUACGCAGACUUCUUCAAGAAUGUAAUUUAUUGCUUACCCAAUUAACGGGGGUUUCUGUGAUUCAGUAUUAAAAUUAAGUUAUACAAUAUACACUUACUGACAUAGCUAUAUCUUUUGCACGAAAGUGUACUCGAUAUUCUUUCACAACUUACAUAUAUGUUAACAAAAAGUACAUGACUACUGCUGUCCAAAAAAAGGAAACCUUUUAUAUAAUCAUCCACAAAAAAUUGUUAUAAUUGAGAUUUUACGCGAGAUAUGAUUGUCAUAUCU